AUGUUUGGCACCCAUCAAAAGCUGUUCAAUGAUUAUCUUCUAAUGAUAAACAAGGAACUUGCCUUUGUUCAAUUUGAGCUGCGGGCCUGUAGAAACCAAUAUGAUGGCAAGGUGUAUUAUGGUGUGGUGAACAAUGUUGCAGAUGAACAGUCCAAGCUUGGAACCAAGUAUACAGUUCCUCAAAUUGCUUUUUAUAAGGGCAUUAAAGGAUUAUGA